CAUUCAAGAAGUCAUAAAGCAAAAAAAAGCACUUUGGUGUUGAUUCUGCAAAAGGGUCACACAAGAUAAUAACCAGUGAGCAUGAUGAAAACUCCUUUGCUUUUCAUGUUACUUAUCACAUGCUUUCUGGUUAUUGACAAUGUUCAAUGCAAACCAAAUUACAGAGAAGCUUUGGCAAAAUCAUUGUUGUUUUUUCAAGGACAAAGGUCAGGAAAACUCCCUCCUGAUCAACAAAUCAAAUGGAGAUCCAAUUCUGGUCUUUCUGAUGGUCGCUUAGCCAAUGUGGAUUUAAGUGGAGGCUACUAUGAUGCAGGAGACAAUGUCAAAUUCAAUUUUCCAAUGGCAUUUACAACAACAAUGCUAUCAUGGAGCACAAUUGAAUAUGGUAAAAGAAUGGGACCACAAAUGAAAGAAGCAAGAGCCGCAAUUCGCCACGCCACAGACUACUUCCUCAAGUGUGCAACAGCAACACCCGGUAGACUCUAUGUCGGAGUUGGAGAUCCAAAUGUUGAUCAUAAAUGUUGGGAAAGACCAGAAGAUAUGGAUACCGCUAGAACUGUUUAUUAUGUUUCUUCAAAGAAUCCAGGUUCUGAUGUUGCUGCUGAAACUGCUGCUGCACUCGCUGCUGCAUCUAUUGUUUUUCGAAAAGUUGAUCCUACUUAUUCUAAGCUUUUGCUGAGAACUUCACAGAAUGUUUAUCAGUUUGCUUUGCAGCAUCAAGGUUCAUACAGUAAUUCACUUGGUUCUGCUGCUUGUCCGUUUUAUUGCUCAUAUUCUGGAUUCAAGGAUGAACUAUUGUGGGGAGCUGCAUGGCUUUUUCGAGCAACAAAUGUGGUUUACUACUACAAUUUAGUGAAGAACUUAGGAGCCGAUGAUCAACCUGAUAUCUUCAGUUGGGAUAACAAAUAUGCUGGUGCACAUGUGCUUCUCUCAAGGAGAGCAUUGUUGAAUGGUGAUAACAACUUUGAUAAUUAUAGGCAAGAAGCUGAUAAUUUCAUGUGCAAGAUAUUGCCUAAUUCACCAUCUUCAACUACACAAUAUACACAAGGGGGACUCAUGUUCAAGCUACCUGCAAGCAAUCUCCAAUAUGUGACAGCUAUAACAUUCUUGUUUACAACCUAUUCAAAGUAUAUGGCAGCUACAAAACACACAUUUAACUGCGGCAACAUCUUAGUCACUCCGAAUACCUUAAGAACCGUAGCGAAAAGACAGGUAGACUACAUUUUAGGUGAAAAUCCACUUAAAAUGUCAUAUAUGGUAGGUUAUGGACAAAACUUUCCAAGGAGAAUUCACCACAGAGGAUCUUCAUUGCCUUCACUAUUAUCUCAUCCACAAACCAUAGGAUGUGAUGGGGGUUUCAACCCAUUUUUCCAUUCAAUGAAUCCUAAUCCUAACAUCUUGGUCGGAGCCAUAGUUGGAGGUCCGAACCAGAAUGACGGAUUUCCAGAUGAUCGCAGCGAUUACAGUCAUUCUGAACCUGCAACUUACAUCAAUGGUGCUAUUGUUGGACCUUUAGCAUACUUUUCUGGAACCAAUUAAUGUUAGAUUUGAACUUGAUAGUAACGUUAAAACAGAACUUUGCUAUCAAGUAUAGAUAUUGUCUCAUCUCUACCCAACAAAGGGAUGUCUACCAACUCAAAAUCAGAUGGUGGACUUUGAAGUGAGAAGUGUUCAUUUUCAGUCUUUGAUACAAAAAGUAUAGCUUUUAGUAAUCUUAAACAUGUUUACUAUGUUUUUCAGUCUACGUGGUGUAUCAUAGUACCCAAAAAAUGUAUGUCGUCAUUUAUUAAAAUGAGACAGUUUCGUCCA